AGUGUGUUUCACUUUGCUGGUGUAGUGCAAAAUCAAAACAAUGAAUAAUUUGGAUAGUUCGGUGCAAGCGCAUAACAAAUUGGAAAAGGAAACAACCAAUUUAGUACUACUAAAAGAUCGUGUAGACAAGUAUCAUGAUCUCUCCACGCAAAUGUCCAGCAUACUUACGAUCUUCGAGAAGCGUUUGGGCAACUUGGAGCAAACCAUUCUGCCAGUCUAUCAGGAAACGGAACAGUUGCAGAAGCGACAGCAGAAUUUGGAGGCCACUCUGAACUGCCUGGAGAGCGUGCUCUCCCACUACGAUGUGUCACAGGAGGUUUGCCAGCUCAUUCAUCAGGGCCCCAUCGAGGGCAACAUUGGAGCAUUUCUGGACGCGUUGGCCAAACUGCGUGCCGCCAUGGAUUACUUUCUGCACAAUAAUUCACAGAGUGUGGAACUGGAGAACGUGACCAGUUUGUUUAACACUGGCUGCGAGGGUCUCAAUCAGCAUUACAGCAUGCUGCUAAAGAAGCACAGUGCACCGCUGAAGCCAGUGGAACUAUUGGAUCUGAUCUACAUCGAGGAUGAUUCAUCCAGCGAUGAGUUUACAUCAUUUCGCCAGCUAUCGCAGAGCACUCGCGAGGAGCUAUUCACCAUAUCGCUGUGGCUGGAGCAGAAUAUGCGUGAAUACACACAAAUUUAUGCAACGGAGCGUGGAGAUGUCGUUUUGCGCUCUCUGCAACUGCUAAAGGAUCAUCAAAAGAGCAGCAGCUGGGGCAACGAAGCAUUGAGAUCACGUCACAGCGGUCGUCAAAAUGAGCCUAAGAAGAACACCUCGGCGCGACUGCAGCAAAUCUUUGAGAAGAAGGCCAACAAGUUGUAUUUGCGGGCCACACAAACGUUUGAGCAGUCCACCGGGUUCUCCAUUAAAAAGGCCUCCUCACACUCGGAUCAUCUGACAUCCGAGGAUAUGCUCGAUGGCGAUCAGGAGUUGGACAAGUAUUUGGUCAUGUUGCUCGGCCUGCAGCGUUUACUCAACUGGGAACGCGCCAUUAUGCGCGACAUUAUACCGCAAUCCAAGCACAAUGAGGUCUUUGCACGUCUCGCCUACAAUGCCAUCGAGCUGGUGGUGAAGGAUGCGGAGGUCAUCACACAGCGCAUCCUACGCUGCAUUUCACGCAAGGAGUGGACCUCAGCGUUGGGUAUUUUCUCGGCACUGAAACGUGUCAUCCUCCUGCAGCCGGACAUUGAGCGCACCUACGAUGCCGCCCAGCGACAACAGUUGACCAAAGUGCUGAACAAACUGCAGCAGACUGGCGCCAAGGCAUUGGAACACUUCCUGGACGUUGUCAAGGGCGAGUCGAGCACCAACAUUGUCGGCCAGAGCAAUGUGCCCAAGGAUGCCACCGUGCACGAACUGACCUCAAAUACGAUUUGGUUCAUCGAGCAUUUGUAUGAGCACUUUGAUGUAAUUGGCGCCAUACUUGCCCAGGAUGUAUUGUACUCCACGCAGCUGGAUACCAUACUGAUGAAGAAGGCACUGCCCGGCGAGGAGCGCAACAAGGCACUCUUGGCCAUAUACAUAAAGAAAGCGCUCGCCGAGCUCAAUCUAUCCAUAAUGAACAAGUGCGAACAGUAUAAUGAUCAGGCAACGAAGCAUCUAUUUAGACUUAAUAACAUACAUUAUAUACUCAAAUCACUGCAACGCUCCAAUCUGAUUGAUUUGGUCACGUUGGCAGAGCCGGAGUGUGAGCACAGUUAUCUGGAAAUGAUACGUGAGCUAAAGACGAGCUAUCAGAAGACUUGGUCGAAAAUGUUGGCGGGUAUUUACUCGGUCGAGGAGCUGCCCAAGCCAGUGGCUGGCAAGGUUAAGGACAAGGAUCGCAGUGUGCUCAAGGAGCGCUUCUCGAACUUUAACAAAGACUUUGAGGAGGCUUGCAAAAUACAGCGUGGCAUUUCCAUACCUGAUGUCAUCUUGCGUGAGGGCAUCAAGCGGGACAAUGUGGAGCACAUUCUGCCCAAUUACAAUCGCUUCUUCGAGAUGUAUGCCGCUGUGCAGUUUAGUAAGAAUCCUGAUAAGUAUGUCAGAUAUCGGCCGCACGAGAUAAAUGCAAUGCUUAGCAAGCUAUUCGAUGACUCUGCCUAGGCAGAUAGCAGCAAACCAUUCCCAAAUUUAUACGUUCGUUCGGCUUUUUAAUUCCAACACAAUAAAUAUCGAUUUAAAAAAAAUAUACAAUACAAUACGUAAUAGACUGUAGCCUAAAAAUAUUAAAUGCCAUUGUAAAA